CUGUGUCUGGCUGUCCCUGGGAAAACUGUGAGGUGGUGCACUAUCUCAAAUCAUGAGGCCAGUAAGUGCUCUGAUUUCAGUGGCAAUAUGAAAAAAGUCCUUCCAGCGGAUGGUCCUCAUGUCACCUGUGUGAAGAGAGCCUCUCACUUUGAGUGCAUCAAGUCCAUUUGGGCAAAUGAAGCAGAUGCUGUGACUGUCGAAGGAGGUUUGGUGUUUGAGGCAGGCCUGCUCCCCUUUAACCUGAAGCCCAUCGUGGCAGAAUUCUUUGGGUCAAAAGAUGAUCCACAAACCUACCAUUAUGCUGUAGCUGUGGUGAAGAAGGACAGCGACUUCCAGCUGAACCAGCUCCGAGGCAAGAAGUCUUGCCACACGGGCCUAGGAUGGUCUGCUGGGUGGAACAUCCCCAUUGGGGUACUUCUUCCUUCUGACUCCAUUGAAAAAGAAAUGGCCGAGUUCUUCUCCGGCAGCUGUGUCCCCUGUGCGAACAGGACAGCGUUCCCCAGACUGUGUCAACUGUGUGUGGGGAAAGGGACAGACAAGUGUGCCUGCUCCUUCCAGGAACCGUACUUCGGCUACUCAGGUGCCUUCAAGUGUCUGCAGGAUGGUGUGGGGGAUGUGGCCUUCGUGAGGCAUAUGACAGUGUUUGAGAACCUGCCAAACAAAGCCGACAGGGACCAGUAUGAGCUGCUCUGCCUGGACAACUCCCGGAAGUCAGUGGAUGAAUACAAGGACUGUCACCUGGCCCAUUUCCCUUCUCAUGCUGUCGUGGCUCGAAAGGUGGGGGGCAAGGAGGACUUGAUCUGGGAGCUUCUCAACCAGGCCCAGGAACAUUUUGGAAAAGACAAGUCAACAGAAUUCCAGCUCUUUGCCUCUCCUCAUGGGAAGGACUUGCUGUUUACAGAUGCUACCGAUGGGUUUUUAAGAGUCCCUCCUAAGAUGGAUGCCAAGCUAUACCUGGGAUACAAAUAUUUUGCUGCCAUUCAGCGUCUAAGGAUAGGUGUGUAAGGUGUGGAAGACUCCCAGAGGGUGCUGUGGUGUGCAGUGGGCCACCAUGAGAGGGUCAAGUGCGAUGAGUGGAGUGCUGUAAGUGGUGGCGCCUUACAGUGUACCAUGGAGGAGACCAUUGAGAACUGCAUUGCUGCCAUAGUGAAAGGAGAGGCUGAUGCCAUGAGCUUGGAUGGAGGCUUCAUCUACAUAGCGGGCCAGUGUGGUCUAGUGCCUGUCCUGGCAGAGAACUACAUGCCUAAGGAUGAGUCUAGGUGUGUGAAUACACCCAUGGGAGGUUAUUACGUCGUGGCAGUGGUUAAGAAACCAAGUGCCGACCUCACCUGGAACUCCCUGCAAGGCAGGAAGUCCUGUCACCCCGCAGUUGGUACUUCUGCAGGCUGGAACAUUCCCAUGGGUUUAAUAUACAACAAAACUGGGUCCUGUAAAUUUGAUGAAUUCUUCAGUCAAAGCUGUGCCCCUGGGUCUGAUCCAGAUUCCAGUCUCUGUGCUCUGUGCAGUGGUGGCAACGACCCAGCCCAUACUUGUGCUCCCAACAACCAUGAGGGAUACUACGGCUCCAGUGGGGCAUUCAGGUGUCUGGUUGAGAAGGGAGACGUGGCCUUUGUGAAGGAUCGCACGGUCUUUCAGAACACUGACGGAAAGAACACUGAAGCAUGGGCUAAGGAUCUGAAGCAUGAAGACUUUGAGCUGCUGUGCCUCGAUGGUACCAGGAAACCUGUGACUGAAGCUCAGAACUGCCACCUGGCCAGAGUCCCAAAUCAUGCCGUGGUCUCAAGGAAAGAUAAGGCAGAUUUUGUUCGCAGAAUUCUCUUCAACCAACAGGAGCUCUUUGGAAGAAAUGGGUUUGAAUACAGGAUGUUCCAGAUGUUUGAAUCCUCAAACAAGGAUCUGCUUUUCAGUGAUGACACUGCAUGUUUGGCUAACCUUCAGGAUGAAACAACUUACAGAAAAUACUUAGGACCAGAGUAUCUUAUGGCCAUUGCUAACAUGAAACCAUGUUUACACUCUGAACUUCUGGAUGCCUGUACAUUCCACGUACAUUAA